AUGUUGUCAAACUUACCACAAGAAAUCAUUGAGAAAAUAGGAAAUCAUUUAUAUCAAAAUGAUGUGUUGUCAUUAUUACUUGCAAAUUCAUAUUUUUAUAAUAUUUUGCAUACAAGAUUAUAUACUGUGAUCAAUGUUGAUUCCACUCCAAAAUUAUUUCAACAUGAUUCGGACCUGCUAGAAGAAUUUGCUUUUCAUUUUAAUAACUACAAAUUGGGUAAUAAAUUUAUAAGAGCAAUAAAUAUAAGUUCGGUGUUCAGUAUAAAAUUAUUGUUCAAACAAGUUCUCAAGUGUGGAUAUGGACCUAAAGUUAAGAUAUUGAGUUUUCUGAAGAUGCCAGAUAUACCCGAUUUGGAGGUGUUUGAAUUGAUCAAAAAUGCUUUACCUUUUAUGACUCAGUUGGAGGAGUUUUAUUGGAAUCAUGCAUCAAUUCCAUUAAGUUAUUUGGAGCAUAAUAAACAACUAAAGAAAUUGAACGGUCAUAUUGAAACCGAUAUAGCUACAAUUUCAAAAAAGCUGGAAUUGGUACUCACUAAACAUGCUAAAACUAAUGCAUCAAAAUUAUUAUUGAGAAAUAUGGACCUACAAAAUAUUGAUUUGGAGGAGGUUAUAGAUUUGACUAUAGACAAUUGUACAUACAAAAAAGAUUUUUUGGUAAAUCAACAUUUCCCAAAAUUAAGACACUUACAAAUCAAAGUUGAAGAUGAUCCAACACUUGCCAGAUUCUUAUCAAAACAUCAGUUGAGCACCUUGAAAAUAAGCUCACCGUCAAAAAUUCCAUUACAACUCCUCAAUAAAAACUUAAUGCUGCUACUGAUUGACUCAAAAUUGGAAAUUUCAGAUUUCAAACAACUACAACACUUUACUGAACUAAAGUACCUACAUAUCACAAUUUUGGAAAAAGAUAUACUCGAAUUAUUACCGUAA